AUGUUAUAAAUCGAAGUUAUUUGUUUUGGAUUAGCCAUUGAAGUUGAGAGACUUUAAGCACUUACACAAUAACUCUAAUUGGAUAUUGCUCAAGCUAAUCAACUCAAUAAAGUUCAUCUGAACACCAUUGAUUAAAAUAGUAUACAGAUCCAACAUCUCACCAGAAAACUAGAUGAACUCAAAAGAAACAAAAAUCAAUUAGAUUCAGAUUAUAAUCAAUUGAAAUCACAACAUGAUUACGUUAUUGAUAUUAUAUCACAAAUUACAGGUGAUGAGUUGACUUUAGAAGAAUUGACUGAAUUAAUUGAAGAGCUCAAAAGGAGAUCCAUCAAAUAUGAUGAAAUCCAAGAACUCCUCAACGGACAAGAUAUAAAUGAGAUUAUUUCUAACUCAGAAUAGUUCAUAAUCUAGCAUAAUAUUAACCAAGAAUUGAAAGAUUAAUUAGAGCAAUAUCUUUAAAUUGUUAUAAGUCUAAAUCAAGAUAUUUAAAAACAAAAACUAGAAAUCUAAAAUCAAAAAUUAUAAAUAAAUCAAUUAACCGAAUAAAAUUCGCAACUUGAAGUCCAAAUUGCUUCAUCAUAGUCAACAUUAGAUUAACGCCAAAAUUCUAAUUAGCAUUUACAUUCCACUCAGCUAAGUUUAUAAGAAUAAAACGAAAAAUAGUUAAUUGAAUUAAAGAAUAAAGUAAUCUCAUUAGAACAAUAGAAUAAAUGCCUGAAAGAAGAAGUAUAAUCUAUUUCCAAUCAUAAAAUCCAAAUUGAAGGCAAACUUAGAAAUUCUCUCUUAGAUUAAAAUAAACUGUUAUCUGAAAAAGAAAAACUCGCAAAAGAAGCCUUCUAUUUAGUUAGCUUAUCUAAUAACUUCAAAACUCAAUUACAAAAUAAAUAAGCUACCAUUUUAGAUCUUACAAAUGAAAUAUCAUCACUGUAGAAUUAAAUCAAAGACAAAGAUGAUCCUAAUGAAGCAUUAUUAAAAUAAAAUAAGGACUUGGAAAGUUUAAAACAAGAGAUUUACAAUUUGAAUUAAGAAUUAUAAUAAAAAACUCAAGAAAUCUAAGAAAUAAGUCUUGAAAAUUUAAGAUUGAAUGACGAAAUAGAAAAACUUAGUGAAUAACUUAAAAAUUCUUUAAAAGUAUCGAAACAUUCUAAAGAAUUCUCUCAAUAAAUAUAAAUAAUACAAGAUAAAUUGAUUUAGAAUAAAAAUAUUAUGCAGAUGCAAGAUAACCAAUUACAACUUUUACAAUAGUAGUGUAUGGAUGAUAAAAAAGAAUUGUAAUAACAUUACGUAGGAAUUAUUGAUAAAAUAAAUGGAGAUAAUUUUAAACUCAAAUCAUAAUUAGAUGAAUAUCAAAAUACAAUUCACAAAUUGGAAGAUCAAUUAGUAGAAGUCUAAAUUGAAUUUUAAGAUAUUAAGGAUCUCUUAGAUUCCAAGGAAGUUGAAAUAAUUAAAUUAGGUAUUAUUAAUAAAAAGAUCUAUGAAUCCAAUGAAAAAUAUCUUUAGCAAUCUUAAGAGUUAGAAGAAUAAAAUAGACAAUUACAAUUUAAGUACAGUUCUUCUUAAAAAACAAAUCAAGAAAGCUCUAGAUCAUCAUCGGAUUAUGUGAAAUCAUAAAUUUUAGAUAAAUUAAAAUCAGAAAACUAAUAUUAUUUAUAAGAUAAAUAUAAAUUAGAGUUAUAAAACCAAGAAUUGAUUGACCAAAUAGCUUCAAUGAAAUUUGAGAUUAAUAAAUAUUAGAUAGAAAUAACAAAUUUAACAGUGUAACUUGAAAAUGCCCAAUUUCAUUUUGCAAAUGAAUAGAGUAAGGAAAUUAGUUCAUAUAAAUAACAACUUUAAUAAACAACUAAAUAAAUAAAUCAACUAUAAUAGAGGACGGAACAAUAAAUUUUAACUAUCUAAUAAUAAAAUACAAAAAUUUAACAGUAUGAAAAUGAUUAUUUCCACAAUGAAGAAAAAUUUAAACUUUAAAUUCAAUAAAUUUAGGAAAAAGAGUUUUUUAUAAGAUAAUUAUAAUAAGAAUUACACUUAUAUAGUAAUUAAAUAAAAUAUAUGGAAAAAGAAUUAAAUAUAUUAAAAGUUGAUAAUGAAAAUAAAAUCUAAGAAAAUAAGGAUCUCAGAAAAUAUAUCGAUACAUUAAGAAUGGAAUAGCAAUUCAAAAAUGAGUAAAUUAAUCCUCAAUAAUUAGAAGAAAUUUAAAUUUAAAAGAGUGAGUUGCAGAUGGAAAUUUAGUAAUUAAAUGAAUAAAUUUCUUAAAAAUGUUAGCUAUUAGAAUAAAAAUGCCAAUUGAUCGACAAAUUUAAUUUGAAAAUUAUGAAUCAGAAUGUAGAAAUAUGUUAACUGAAAUAGCAAUUAACAAUUCAAGAAAAACAAAUCAAAUAAUUUGAAAACAAUCCUUAAACUUCUGAAUAAAAAGUUGAAAUAGAAUCAAUAGAUAAUAAGAAAAUGAACAAGAUUACUUAAUUAAAUAUUAAAUUAAGUAAGGUUAUUGAUGAAAAAGAACAAAAAAUUCUUUAAUUAUCAUAAUAGUUAUAAGUAUCACAAAAUAAACUUGUGGAAAUGGAAUAAAUCUAUUAAAAAACUAUAACUUAGUCAAGUGAAUAAAAAUCAUUAUUUUAAUCUCGAUAAAAUUAAUUCUUAAAGUCUGAAAUAUCUUCUUAAACUCUCAUCCCAUAGAAUAUUGAAGAUGAUCCUUAUCAAAAACUGUAAGCAUUAUAACAAAAGUAUAAUGAUAUUCUUAAGGAAAAUUCCAACUUAAUAAUCAAUUCCCGUUAAAUUGAAGAUUAUAAAAAUAAAAUUGCCCUCUUAUCUUUGGAAGUUUCUAGAUUUCAUAAUUCCUAAAAAGGUUUGUUAAAUUCAAGAUAGGAAGAUAAUACUACAAACAAAACAAAAAGUUUAAGUUAAGAUAAAGGACAUAAUAUGAAAGCACAAUAGUAUAUUGAUAAGAACAAUAAAGAAUGUGAUUUAUAUUGCUUGAUUGUAUUAUUGUUUGCAGAAAUUGAAUCACUAAGAACAUUAGAUGAUCAAAAAAAAAUAAUAGAUAAAUCGAAAGUGUAAAGAAUUAUAGAUUAUUAUCGUUAGAAACCUUAAUGA